CGAGUCAAAGAGUAGACAGGGGGGGGACUGCUUUACAUAAAACACCAACUGGGAGUGCAGUCGAUGAUUUUAGUCUGGUACUGCUUAGCACUGUAAACCUUUUUUUUUUGUCUUAGAGUUGUUACCUGUCAUUUUCACAGGACUAAACCAUUUGUUGCAGUUUCAUUUUUGACAAGGUGAGGCGGAAGCAAACAUGGUUCAUGCGUGAGGAAACAACCUGCUCGAUGUUUCUCGUUUUGCUUGGAUCACCUGAAAACAGCCUCAUCAAGGCUGUUCAAAGGAGGCGAUAAAUCCACAUAGUGAAUGUUGGAUCUAAUGAAAUGGACCCGAGCUGAUGCCCCAAAGUCCCGCUUGGCCCUCACUUGGCCCUGCUGGUCACAGGUAGAGAUGGCAGCGUGUCCGGAUGUCCUGGCCAUACCUGGAGUUGUGGUUGGGAGUGUUUUACUGCUGGUACUAAGCAGUAAUCCUGUCUGGGGGAAUUAUACUGCUCUUGGAAGUGACUCCAAUUCUAAUAAAACUACUGAAACCAACAUUGCAGCUAUUGUAGCGCCUACAGUCAUCUUGGGUGUUUUGGCCAUAGUUUUGGCUGUUCUUGCCUGGCUUCUCUGUGUGGUGAAAAAGAAGAGACAGACUGAAGGGACGUAUAGACCCAGUGCUGAGGAGCAGACUGGAGCAAGCAGCGUGACGGCACCAGAUGCACUAAAGUUACCAAAAGAGGAAAGACUCAUUUGAGAUGUUCUUCAUGUUUGUACAAAAUCCUGUAUGGACACGGGCUGCAAACGUUUGCUUAGCAGCAUUCUCGUGUAACAAGGCUCACUCCCUUGAACUGAUCAGUGAAAGAAAAAGCUUUUGUUUCACCAUGUUUCUCAACAAGCACUGAAUGAUUCCUGCAUGAUACUACGAAGAAGAGCACCUGAAUGUAUGGAUCUACCAGAUUUUAAGAACAAUUGACCAUCUCAAGGAGGUUUUCGACAUCUCUUCAGCAAAAAAAUGACAGUAUUUUAUCACCAAUAAUUUCAGUUUAUAAUAUAUUUUUCUUGUUUCAGUUACCUCACUAUACCAUUUACCAUUACCAUUACCAUUGUACUUUUACUUGAUUCAGUCUAUUAUGAUUAACUGUCAUUGGCGAAAUGGAUAAUGAUCUUUUACCUCAAACUUUUGCCUCUGAGAGUUCUGAUGAAUCCACUGCAUUUUAAAUGUUUUUUAGCCCAAUAAUAAGAUUAUGCUGAGAAUCUAUUUCAAGCAAACACAAGCAUCUGUUUACACACAUUGUUUAUCACACAUUUCAAAUCCUCUCUUAGUAAUCAAACUAAUUUAAAGUCACAUUGUUUAAAACAAAAUGAUUAAAUCACAUCAACAAUGCAAUGCAUAAUGCAUCAUAAUCAAGGAGAUGUUUUACAAUGUCACAUGCUUAUUUAUGUUUUUUGUCAAAUGAAUAAUAAAAGUUUUGUAAAAUAGUUAAUAAUUAAACUUUACAUAGCACCAGCACACACUGUUACUUAUGAUUAUAUUCACCGCAUGCAAUUCCAGUCAAAAAUAAACUUGAGUAAAAAACAGGGGAAUAUUUAAUAAAAACAAAUAUGUGUCAUCCAAUAAUCGUUGGGAAACAUUGGUGUAACGAGUUCUACUGCAGGGUGAUAAAACAACUAGGCAAAUAAGUGGUACUAGUAGUCAGAGAGUGAAAACUUCAGUUCCUGGAACAACUUGCCAAAUACACCAAAAAGUCAGAGGAGUGAAACACACACAACCAACUAUGAUCUAACUAUGCUUGAGCUGUUUGAUGGUUAAGUAUGGGAAGGAACCCACAGUCAGGCUCCCUUCUAAUCA